AUGAUACAAGCAAUACAAGUACUAAGGUUUCAUCUUCUGGAGUUGGAAAAGGUCCAUGAACUGUGUGAUAACUUCUGCCACCGGUACAUCAGCUGCUUGAAGGGGAAAAUGCCCAUUGACCUCGUGAUUGACGAGAGAGAUGGAAGCUCCAAGUCAGAUCAUGAAGAACUUUCAGGCUCCUCCACAAAUCUCGCCGACCACAACCCUUCCUCCUGGCGAGACCACGAUGAUGCGACCUCAACUCACUCAGCAGGCACCCCGGGACCCUCCAGUGGGGGCCAUGCCUCCCAGAGUGGAGAUAACAGCAGUGAGCAAGGUGAUGGGUUAGACAACAGUGUAGCUUCACCUGGCACAGGUGAUGAUGACGAUCCAGACAAGGACAAAAAACGCCAGAAGAAACGAGGCAUCUUCCCCAAAGUCGCGACAAAUAUCAUGAGAGCGUGGCUGUUCCAGCAUCUCACACACCCGUACCCUUCCGAAGAGCAGAAGAAACAGUUAGCGCAAGACACAGGACUGACAAUUCUCCAAGUUAACAACUGGUUUAUCAACGCCAGGAGAAGAAUAGUACAGCCCAUGAUUGACCAGUCCAAUCGAGCAGUGAGCCAAGGAGCAGCGUAUAGUCCAGAGGGUCAGCCUAUGGGGAGCUUUGUGUUGGAUGGUCAGCAACAUAUGGGGAUCCGGCCUGCAGGUUUGCAGAGCAUGCCGGGGGACUACGUUUCUCAGGGUGGUCCAAUGGGAAUGAGUAUGGCACAGCCAAGUUACACUCCUCCCCAGAUGACCCCACACCCUACUCAGUUAAGACAUGGACCCCCAAUGCAUUCGUAUUUGCCAAGCCAUCCCCACCACCCAGCCAUGAUGAUGCACGGAGGACCCCCUACCCACCCUGGAAUGACUAUGUCAGCACAGAGCCCCACAAUGUUAAAUUCUGUAGAUCCCAAUGUUGGCGGACAGGUUAUGGACAUUCAUGCCCAAUAGUAUAAGGGAACUCAAGGAAAAAGGAAACACACGCAAAAGCUAUUUUAAGCCUCUCUGAACUUUGACCAGAUGUGACACUCAAUAUGACACUCCAGACAGCUGUGAUUAUUUUUACUUUUGUCAUUUUUCAUCAAGCAACAGAGGACCAAUGGGACAAGAACACAAAUGUGAAGUGAUGGGCUCAUUGAGACAAUAUUGUCCAUGCAGAGAUCCUCUGGAGAGAGACUCCGAGAGUUAUAACUACUGUAGCAUAAACAUAGGGACUAAGUUAAACUUGUACAUUUCUGUUGAUCACUCCGUUACGUUGCCUCAAAUAGUUUUAGAAGAGAAAAAAAAAAAUAUAUCCUUGUUUUCCACACUAUGUGUGUUGUUCCCAAAAGAAUGACUGUCUUGGUUCAUCAGUGAAUUCACUAUCCAGGAGAGACUGUGGUAUAUUUUAAACCUGUUGGGCCAAUGAGAAAAGAAUCAAGCUGGGGCGCGCAAUGGACACUUGGCUGAACCUCAACACUCUAACUCCAGUGGCUAGAAUGUGUUUUCAUGCCCAGCCUUUGUUCCCCCGUCAGUGUGUCCUUUAGUUUCAAACAGAUCUUUAUAGUUUGUGCUUCAUAAGCCAAUUCUUAUUAUGAUUUUGGGGGACUGUUCUUCAAAAAAGAGCUUGCCAAUGAAGAUUUAGAGACAGAGCGAAGGCUUCUUCAAGUUCUGAGCCUUGGCUGUGGACAAAACAAUCUUAAGUUGGGCAGCUUUUCUCGACACACACACAAAAAAGUUAUUCGUGGUCAUUGUACCAUACGUAGGAUUCUAUCAGGAACUCAAAGCUUGGGGGAUAAGAAGGAGCAAGAGAAUACUGUAACAAACUUCGUACAGAGUUCGGUCUUUUAAUUGUUUCAUGUUAGAUAUUCUAUGUGUUUACCUCAAUUGAAAAAAAAAAGAAUGUUUUUGCUAGUAUCAGAUCUGCUGUGGAAUUGGUAUUGUAUGUCCAUGGGAUUCUCUUUUCUCAGCACGUGUUCCUCACUAGAAGAAAAUGCUGUUACCUUUAAGCUUUGUCAAAUUUACAUUAAAAAAUACUUGUAUGAGGACUGUGACGUUAUGUUUAAAAAAGGUGUUAAGUCACAAAAUGCGGUAAUAAAUAUUUCAUUUUUGA